CUACCCAGCUGUCCAAGAUGGCGGACGCGUUCGCGCAUGCGCCACUUACGUCGGCCAGCCACUCACAUCGGGUCCUGGCAGAGAUGAUAACACAGAAUGGCUGAAGAACAACAUCACAGCGGCUUUGUUAGAAAGAUGCCGUCUUUGGCUUUAGCUACGUCCACGCUGCGAUGAUGGAAGACCUCCAUCAUUCUCUUGCCGAUGGUUCUUGGAGGUUGGCUACAGAAGGCCCAGGAGCUCCUCGACGCCGGCGGGAUAUCUAGCAGAACUGACGUUCAUGGAAAUUGUCUCCAGUCUGCAGGAGGAAGGAAGUGUGUGUGUGAAUAACCCUGAGCAGUGACACAACAGUGAUGGGGCCUCGGAGGAAGGCCUCUAAACUCCAGCCUGGAGGAGGUAAUGGUGAAGGUCAACCUGUCCUGAGACCCAAUGAGUCCAAAGACUACAUCAACGAGCUGUCCCAUGAAGUCCUCUGUCACAUAUUCAGGUACCUUCCCAUGAAGGACAUAAUGUGUAUGGAGUGUCUGUCCAGAAAACUCAGAGAGGCUGUAACUCUAUACCUUCGAGUGGUCAAGGUAGUGGAUCUAUGUGCUGGUCGCUGGUGGGAGUAUAUGCCUUCAGGCUUUACAGACAACAGCUUUCUGCUCCUUUUGAAGAAAAUGCCAGAUCUGGAGCAGCUGUAUGGCCUCCACCCACGAUACUUGGAAAGGAGACGAGUCAGAGGCUACGAGGCUUUCAGUAUACCUGGAGUCCUGGAGGCGCUACAAGCCUGUCCAAGUCUGCUGGGUGUCGAGACAUCCCAUCUAGAGCUGGUGGAAGCCAUAUGGAACUACAUGCCUCAGGUUCAUAUACUAGGAAAGUUCCGCAACCGCAAUGGGGCUUUUCCCAUUCCUGCUGAGAACAAACUGACCAUCCCCAUAACUGCAAAGAUCCAGACCCUACAUCUAGUAGGUGUGAAUGUCCCAGAGAUCCCCUGUGUGUCCAUGCUGCGCCACCUUUAUCUGAAGUGGGUCCGUCUCACCAAACCACAGCCGUUUAAGGACUUUCUGUGUGUGAGCCUGAGAACCUUUGUCAUGCGGAACUGUGCGGGCCCAACAAACUCCCUCAAGUAUGUUCCCCUGGUUACCGGUUUAGCAUCGGCGCGAAACCUGGAGCAACUGGAAUUAGUGAGAGUUCCUUUCCUGGGGGGGCUGAUCCAACAUGUGGUGGAGGACAGCUGGAGGUCAGGAGGAUUUCGAAACCUCCACACCAUUGUGUUUGGAGCCUGCAAAAAUGCUCUAGAAGUGGACUUGGGCUACCUCAUCAUCACUGCUGCUCGCAGGCUACAUGAACUCCGUAUCCAGCCUUCACUGACUAAAGACGGGGUCUUCUCAGCUCUCAAAAUGGCCGAACUAGAGUUUCCUCAGUUUGAGACGCUUCAUUUGGGAUAUGUGGAUGAGUUCCUGCUGCAAUGUAAGAUGAGUCAUUCGGAGCUGGUGAAGUAUGGGCUGGCUGAUGUAAUAGAGAACCCAGGCAUCAUCACCGAUAUUGGCAUAAAGGUGGUGAACGAGGUCUUCUCUAACAUUAAAUACCUCCUCAUCUACAACUGUCCUCACCUGCAUAACCCUCACCACUGGAUCACAGAUCAGUCCAGAUGGAGCCGUCUUGUUGAUCUCACUCUGGUCCGCUGCCAUGCUAUCAAACUGGAAUCCUUUUCCCAGUUCAUAGAGUUACUGCCCAGUCUGGAGUUUAUCUGCCUGGACCAGAUGUUCAGAGAACCACCCAAGGGCUGUGCCAGAGUGGGCCUGAGUGCAGGAACUGGUAUUGGUGUGUCCUCCGCACUGGUCAGCAACCAGAACUCCAACAAUGACAAUGACAACAACAACAACCACCACCACCACAAUAAUGAGGCCAAUCUGCCUCCUGCUCCUCCACCUGUCAACAACAACAACCAAAGACGGCAGCAUCCGCAGCAGCACAAUGCACGAGCAGAAGUAAAUGGGAUGGACGAUGAAGAGGAAGAGGAGGAGGAGGAAAUGAUGUUGGAGGAGGAGAACUUAGAGGCCGAGCCUCAGAUAGAGGUGAAAGGAGCAGAAGAGGAGGUGAGAGGGGAGGAAGCCAAUGUAUCUCCAGGACCAAGUCAUCCAGCUGGAACAACCCAACCUCCUGAUGAGGAGCAAGCAGGUCCCAGUGGUUUAGUCCAGCAGUGUCGACCAGCUGGUGUCACUGUUUCCAAGCCCCCACUGGUCAUCUCAGACUCUGACAGUGAGGAAGAGGAAGGCCUUGUUUCAAGGCUGAUGCCAGCUUCCUGUUUGCAGCAGCCAGCGUCCUGUCCAGAAGGUAAAGGAAAGACUCCUCUGCGGCGCAACAACAAUUUGGCUGUAUCAGUGGUGGCCCCCGCACAUCAGACAAAGGCUCAGGUGUUGGAGAGCAGCUGUGAGAAGAGCUGUCAGGUGACCAGUGAACAGAUCAAGGCAGACAUGAAGGCUGCUACUGAAAACAGCAAGAGGACUAGUAGUAAUGGUAUUGCUCCUGAGGCUGGGGCGACCAAUGCAAGACCUCUGCCUGACAGAGGGACAUUUCGGGGCACUGGGAGUGCUGGGGUAGCAGCAAGAAGUGGAGUGCAGCCAGUGACUGGAUCUGUGGGCAGGGUUGGACCUGGGGUAGCUACAUCCAGGCAAGGUGGUGGAUGUGGGAGGGUGCUGGCAGGGACCACCCAUAGAGGAACCACAACCACUGACAGAGCUACAGGAACUGGCAGGACUAUUGAUGGCACAGAGGCCCCGUCUGGGGUACACACUGGGGACAGCUGCGCAAGGGACGCUGGGGUGAGGCAAUGCACAAGUGCUGCUGGUGUGUGCAGUCUGAACCCUACAGAUGCUUCUGUAAACCAUGCCUCCAGGAGGCCAACACUACUGACUGGACAGGGGCAGAGACAGCAAGUCCCGGCUGGAUCUGCUGCUGCUGGUUCAGGUUCACAGCAGGGUCAGGCUAGAGAUAAGGACUUUGUUCCAAGACGACCUUUGACUCGAUCUUGUACCCGCAUGUCUUCUGCAUCCCUGGUACCUGAGACAGAACUUUCAAGGCCCAGACCUCGAGUAUCAGUGAGGAGGAAACGAAUGGCUGACAAAUCAACAAGCACCUCAGACCCAGUCACUGAGGACGACCACGUACAGAUUUUGUCGCUGAAGAGUAAAAACCUGGUUGGCAUCACACUGACCAACUGUGGAAUCACUGACCUGGUCCUCAAAGACUGCCCCAAGAUGAUGUUCAUUCAUGCUACCAGAUGUCGAGUGUUGAAACAACUGCGUGUGGAAAGUGCCCCCAUAGUGAACAGGUUUGAUUAUGCUCAGUGCAAGAAGCUGGACAUGGAACAGGUUCUGGAUCAGAUACUGAGAAUGCCUCCGGAGAGAAACCGCAUCAUCUACAUGCGCCCUAUGCACCAGAUUGAUUCAGUAGCAUUGGAGCGUCAGCUCUUCCAGGGGCCCUAUCCCUAUCACAUUGCUAUAGUGCACGAGUUCAGCAACCCACCAAAUAUACGCAAUAAGGUCCGCAUUCGCAGCUGGAUGGACACCAUAGCCAACAUCAGCCAAGAGUUAAUUAAGUAUGAGUUCUUCCCAGAAGCCACCAGGACAGAAGAGGAUGUGAAGAAUUAUCCCAAGUACCCCUGGGGCCGAGAUAUCUAUACACUGGAAGGAGUGGUGGAUGGCGCUCCGUACAGCAUGAUAACCGACUUCCCCUGGCUGAAGGCUCUAAAAGCGGCUGAUCCCAACAGCUAUGCCCGCUAUGACUUUGAGGACGAUGAAAGCACCACCAUCUAUGCCCCACGGCGUAAAGGGCAGCUGUCUGCUGACAUCUGCAUGGAAACCAUUGGGGAGGAGAUCUCAGAGCGCCGACAGAGCAAAAGAGGAGUGUUCGAGAGAGUGGUGGUCCUUUUCCUGCAUCACUGUGAUACACCAGGAGAACCUGUGGACGAUGACUACAUCUAGAUACCACAAAAAACUACUGUCUCUGCCACAUCCAGAGGGAUCCCAGCAGACAACCGUCCUGCUGAUGCAGUGCCUUAGUUCCUGACUGUGAAAGACUUGGAUGAAUCAGACACUGACACUAACAUCAGACAGUGGACGUGGUUAAAACUAAACAUGUUGAAGAUGCUUUGCGAAAAACUCUUCCAAGGAUGGUAAACUUUGAUUGGGUUUUUUUUUUUUUUUUUUUUUUUUUUCACCCUUAAAGUUACAAUGGGAAAAUAAAUGGCUAAUCCUAAGUGUGUUUGGAACAUUUGGAUAAGGUUCAUGUCACAUAGCAGAUGCUGAUUUUCUUUUUUUUUCUGAGAACAAUCUUAAGGAAUGGCUGAAAGAAAAAGCGUUGAGUUACACAUGUAGUUUCCACCACAUAUUAUGGCAAAAAUGGUUAAUUUAAUAUAAUGUACAAUUUAAUUUUGGGAAUGAAAAUAUUGGAGGUAGUUGGGAAUAAAGGCCCGUCUCUGAUACAGUCCUGUCAGAUAAGGGCCUCGGCCUCCCCACAUGUCUGCAUAGCUUGUGUUCUCAGCUGCUUUACUUCUGUGAGCCUCAGGAGCACAUGGAGAGAGGACUAUGCUCUAGUGUGGGUCUGAUCUUUCAUCUGUCCACUGCCACUGUCUGCCGCUCUCUGUUCCACUCAUGACCAGUCACUGAAAGAAACGGUCUUGGACAGAAAUCUCAAAGUAACUAUAGUUUGAUUUAGUUCCCCUUCUGAAUAUUUUUUUUCAGCUUAACUGAUGCAAAAGUCUACAUCGAAUUUGUUGCAGUUGAUCUGUUCUGACUUUUCUCAGUGGUCAAACAGUGUCCUCAUUAGGAUAGUUCAGCAGCUUUAUUCUUUACUUGUUGGUGUUUGUCAUAUUUGUUAUUAACCACUGCAAGUUAAAAAAAAAAAAGUUGAUGACCAUGAGUAAAAUUAGAAUUGAGUUCAGCGAUAUGCCUUUUGGGGAAAUAAGAGUAUAACGUUUAGAAUAAAUGCAGAAUUCAGUCUUUUUUGUCUCUCAGACCUUUGACUCUGCCUUCAGAUGUCUGAAAUUAUUCUAAAAACAUUCUUCCAUGAGGCGCUACUCUUACUCCCUUAAGGGAAUUAUAAAAGGAAGGAUAGGUCAGAGUUGUCAUACAUAAAUUCAUACAGUGCGUGUCAGUUGGGUACAAAAGAGGAUUGGACAGAGAAAUAAUUCAAAAUGGAGAAAUUAGAACAGUCUAGCAAACAAAGCCCUAACACUAUCUACGUUGUUUUUCUGUAAUGCCAAAGAUGGGAACUGUGACAAAAGUGUAUAAAUGUAGUUGAAGAGUGACUUUCAGUAAAGAACUCGCCUUUGUUUUAAACCGCUGAUGCUUCAGCUUGUCUCAGGGUGUUUCACUGCUUCUUGAAAUGAUCUCCUUAUACAAGUCUGUGUGAUUGUAACAUGAAUUAAAUUUUAAAGUGUUCA